GUACGCUGAAAGAUCAGCGUCGUCAAGAACAUGUUUGCAUGGUUUAAAAUGGCCCAAAGUUCCAUAACUCUUCGUGGUCUUACAAUGUUGGAUUUAAACUCUAGGUGCCUAUAUAAAUGAGUCAUAACUUGAUAUUCCCUUACGGUAAGCAACAUGUUACACUGACUUCAUAAAGCAUACUUAAAGUUAAAAUAGAUCUUACUCUUACAUAACAAACUAAUUGCUCGUUCAUGUAAUGAUUUUAUAAAAUGUGAUACUUGGCUACUUAAAAUAGUAAUAUAUAUAAUAAUUGAUCAUCCUAUGCUGUCAAGGGUUUGUAGAGGUCGAUGACAUGUUGAAUUUUUAAAUACCAUUACUACAUUAAUAUAUGUAUUCUAUAUGCAGGCGCUUAAAGGUUUCCAAUUAAAAUGUACAAUGUUAUUAUGUCAUCAAUCAAACCCUAGUAGAAGCAAUGAAAGUUUAGCUUAUGUAUAAUGAAAGGGGGGCUCUUUGCUCUUUGAAUGUGUCGUGGGUGUUUAUAGUUUCGGUAUUGAAAUGUAUAUGUCUUUGUAGGUACAUGUAUUUUUAUGUAUGUCUUUGUGUGUGUAUGUCUUUGUGUGUAUAUAUCUUUGUGUAUAUGUCUUUGCAUGUGUGUCUUUGUGUGUAUGUUUUUGUGUGUAUAUGUCUUUCUGUGUAUAUGUCUCCGUAUGUAUAUGUCUUUGUACGUAUAAAUAUGUCUUUGUAUGUGUGUGUGUCUUUGUGCGUAUAUGUCUUUGUGUGUAUAUGUUUUUGUAAGUGUAUGUCUUUCUGUGUAUAUUUCUUUGUAUGUAUAAAUAUGUCUUAGUGUGUGUAUGUCUGUGUGCAUUUGUCAUUGUAUUUAUAUGUCUUUGUAUGUAUGCGUGUCUUUGUGUGUAUGUCUUUGUGUGUAUAUGUCUUUGUAUGUAUAUGUCUGUCUAUGUAUAUGUCUUUGUAUAUAUAUGUCUUUGUAUGUAUAUGUCUUUGUAUGUAUAUAUCUUUGUGUGUAUAUGCCUUUGUGUAUAUAUGUGUGUACCGGCCUUUCCUUGAAACAUUUGGCGAAAUAACUCUUUUCGUUAAAAGCUAUUAAUUUUUUUAUGUACUUCAUACGCAAAUAACUACCAUGCGUAUGUCUAGAAGGGCCUUAGCGACCAGCCCCCCCCAUGUCUUAGGCACUGCCAUACAAUAUUUCAUUGACAUAGGAAUAGCCUACCACCGUGCUGAAAUAGAAGUACUGAGAACUUAUUUGUUACGAUACAACGAUGCGCCGUUUCAACUAACUCUCAUGACGCACCACUCUAUACACGGGAAAGAAUCAUAGAAUCCCGCAAGUUACCUGGCAGUGUUAACAAAUAAAACAAAAAAAUAGAGUGGCGUAGCAAGGGUUAGUGCCGUCCGGGGUGGGUCAAGGUUUUCGACGCCUUCACUAAGAACAAAACUCGGCUGCAGUUGCUUGAAAAUGCCAACCUUGUAUGCAAAGAAAAAUAUACCGCCCCCCACCCCCACGUCACCCUUCCUGCAACACUGCACACGUACAGAAGAUUUAAUACAAGGUGCAGCUUACGUCAGGUAGAGUAGGAAUUAAUCAUACCAUGAAAUCAGAGUCAUGUAUCAAACUGUUUUACGUCUUGAGUGGUGAAGAAAAUAACUGCAUGCAGACGGUCUAAAAUGUUAUAGGUUUCAUAUCAUAGACCUUUUGAACUUCCUUAAUUCUAGUUUACAGUUAAGACACGGUCAUGUUGCAUAGAAAAAAAAAGGUCAAGGUUAUGUGUUCGUACCAGUGUUUAACUUCAAUUUUGUUUCUAUUAUAAAACUAAUAAUAAUUUUACAAAAAUGUCCAUCCACAAGAGCAGGCCUGCAUCACAUACGGCCCACGGGCCACGUGCGACCCACCAGAACCCACUUUGUGGCCCACGAAGUAACGAAAUAUUCCUUAUUCUUAUUAUUUUAUGUAUAGCUUUUCCCGCUACCCUAUUUUUUUGUUUGUUUGGCCCACACAGGUCAUGUCCUAUUUUCUGUUGGCCCGCACAAAUUUUUCAUAAAGUAUUACGGCCCACCUUACAUUUUGAGUUGUGCGGGCCUGUACAAGAGCGUUAUUCAUUUUGUCGAAAUGUGGGUCGAAAUGUAUCUAGGCUCUUCACAAAUAAUAACUCUCUUGGUAUGUAUUUAUGUGAUCAAUAGUAGCGCAAAAUAAAAAUUCCAAGAAUCAAGCAAUCAUUGGAAAACAAGUGGUCUACUUGAAUGCGGGUUUGUCAAGUAAUUUUAGUAGAUAAGAAUCUUCAUGCAUUUCCACCACAAUUGUUUGGCUGGUUAUUUCCAGCAAAUUAUUAUUUUUGUUUUAAACUUAUGGACAAUGUAGUUGUUGGAUAAGUUAAAUCGUUUAUUCGUGGGGGAAAUGUAUUUUAGGACAAGUUAAAUGAAUCCUAAAAAAAUAGCUUCUGCGAUAAGUCUUGUGUUUCCUUGUAUGUAAACAACCCAAUAAAAGCGAAAAUGUCCACACAAGGGAGUCACCAUACACGCUCUAUAUUUCAUACUUGAAACAGAUGAUUAAACAGUCAUUAAUCUUAGGGGUAGAAGACCACAUGCAAAAUUUGUUUAAGAUAUAAAAUCGGUAUCAUAAAUAUUAUCUUUCGAGCCUUCCAAAUGUUUUCUGAACUUGAUUUUUAUGGCGAACAUGGAUUAAAUCAAAGCAAAGCCCUUACUUUAGUGUUGUCACCGACUACACAGCUAUGGCUCUGUUAGCCUUCUGUAAGGUAUUUAUGAUAUUGUUCCGUACAACCAUGUUACGGUGCGGAGAUUCCCCAUGUUACCUUACGCUUUAAAAUAUUACCUGCUGGUUGAAAUAGGUCACUCCAGUAUUGAUUAUAGUGGCUCGCAUUGUCAACAAGUUUUAAUUUUCCAAUGGGGUGGGGGUGCGUUUGUGGGAGGAGAGGCCGGUACUUUCAGUAUAUUGUUUGUAUUCAAUGCUUCUUUAUUAAAUGCGGUUUCAAUAGAAUGUGUUGUCAUCGGCAACGAGUCCUUGUGCUUAGUUUUAGCUAGAUGGGUUGACGGAAAGUGGGUCAAUUGGCGGUCUCCAGAUUUUUGCCACCCAGCCACAAGUAAAUACAAGAAAGAAAACUAAAAGAAAAUAUUACGCACCAAAUACACGUGCGAUAUUUUGCUUAAUAAUCUCAUUUUAGUGCAUUUAGCUGGAAUUUUAUUUACUGAUAUAAGUGGCAUCAUAUUUCACCAUCGUCCCCUUCAACAGCAGGGAAGAAAAAAAAUUUUGAAGGUUGUGGGUGUUGCUGUAAUUUGAAAUUUGUUGUCAUCGGCAACGAGUCUAUGUGGCCAAGUUUCAGCUCGAUAGGUUGACGGGAAGUGGGUUAAUUAGCCAUCCGAAGAUUUUGCCAGUUAAUAUUUUUAAAAAAAUAGCCUUUACGUAAACACAUCAUGAAACUUACUGCAGAGCGUCCUCAGCUUCUAGUCGGAGAUUCUAGGGCGUACCUAGACCGGAUGCAUCUGGGGAGGAUGCCAUGCACCCUUUAUCUAACCUAUGUACCCCAAUUUUUAAGUUCUUGUCCCGAUAAGUAUUCUGGCCAAUUUGUGGGCAUGAGCAGGCUGUGUUGCAUCAAUCCUGUUUAAGGAUAUAGAACACAAAGACGACUGGAAUGUAUCGGCGACGUUAUGAUCAUUUAUGAGCUGGUUGAGCCACUCUCGAUUCCUAUGCUGUGUUCGCUUUUUAUACCUACGCUCAAUUACAUUUUAAAAAUAUUUUGAUUUACUUAUCAUUAUGAUUUCUGUUAAAUAAAAACCUUCUGGCCAUUGUCAAUUCUUUUAUGCUUAAUAAUGUACAUUAUUUCGGAAACUUGGGGACGGAAUGCUAUUUGACCACGUUUUGUGACCCCAAAAAUUAAUUUAAAAGCACACACAUACACAAAAAAUGACAAGGCUCUUUAUUAAAGAUCAUAAAACAUAUCUUUGUGUUGAUAACUACACUCAAUAGGAUGUUUAUUUUGACAUUCGUCCGAAAGUUAAAUUAUUUUGAAUUAUUUGUUCGUUUGACAUUCUACAACUUAAGUUAUUUUUUUAAAGAAUUAUUGUCACUCCAAUUGUUUUCACCGCCUGCUUCGCCUCUGUUAUAGGUGUGUACUGCAAUUUAAAAUCGCAUCAUAUAUAAUAUAUAAUAAUAUAUGAUUCAUGUUUGCUCCCAACAGCUGGUCAGUGGUAAGGACUCAACGUGUCACUCAGCAUAAACAAAAUUGACAAGAUGCUCACUGCCCCAUCAGAAUUCGCCGUGUCGAGCAUAGGAUGUCGGUGGUCAUUGAUUGAAUGUCUUUGUUGUACGGGAGCCACGAAACAGCUAAAGAUCUGAAGCCCGGCUGGAAUUGUUAAAUUAAACUAAAACACCAACGACAUAUACAUAAAAACCUUUAAUCUAAUAUAACAUGUUGUACCCACGAAAAAGCUAAAUCAACACUGUAUUCACUCUCUAUUAUUACCCAUUGACCGUCCUGAAAAGGACAAGGGAUCAGAAGUAAAUUUAAGCGCAAACCUUUGUCAUCCAUACAAUUAAACAGAACGAUCAUGUAAGUUUUAUUUUUUGUGUCACAAGUUAACUUUGAAAGAAUUUAUUGAAAGCCUUGUUAGUCAUGGCUGUGUUUCUCAUAACACUAUAUUACUGGCAUGUAUGAACCAAUGUCAAUGACAGAAUUAUUUAACUUUUAGAAAUUGUCUUCUCAAUUCAGUUUAAAGAAUAUUUUAAAAAUGAUAAAAAAAUGUGUUCUCUAACAACAACAGGAACUUUUGGGAGAAUCGCAAGAUACACUUCGGCAUCGCCUUGGUUGGAUUUUUAAUAUGUGUUGCCAACAUGGUCACAACCAUCACACAUCUGACAUCCGAGUCAAACAGUGAUGUUGACGAGAACAAUGUAUGUAUUUAUACUGACAUGACCUGCACCUAAGAUUAUUGUUUUACUCUUGCAUAAAAGGAGGAGAGUAGUUUUAGUUACAGUGCUGAGAACAGGGUCGAGUUCAUGCUAACUCUAGUACAAUAGCGGGUAAAACUUUCAAAAAAUAAUAUUAAAAAAGCAAAUACACACACACACAAACAUAUAUAUAUAUCACCAUCUGAAUAGUUGGACACAAAAAUGAUGACUAAACGUAUGAUAAGCCUUAGGAUAAUUUCAAGCUAGAAUAACAUUAUAUAGAUGCUGGCAUUAAACAGAAUUAACGUUCUAUAAUUAAACUUCAGUUAAAUUAACAAAUUAAGUUGAAUUUUUUGUGUAUGUGUGUUGAUGGUUUUUUUUUUUUUUUUUUGUCUGUUUUUUAUUUUUUUAUAUUAGAUUCCCGAAGAGGUCUCACUAAGUUUUGAGCCUGUGUGUCUUUACUGCGGCAAACUGAUCCAAGACCCUUAUAAGACUAAAUCUAAACAGGAACUUUUUUUUUUUUUUUUUUUUUUUUUUUUUUUUUUUUUUUUUUUUUUUUUUUUUUGUCUGUUUUUUAUUUUUUUAUAUUAGAUUCCCGAAGUGGUCUCACUAAGUUUUGAGCCUGUGUGUCUUGACUGCGGCAAACUGAUCCAAGACCCUUAUAAGACUAAAUCUAAACAGGAACUUUUCGAACUGCUGUACGUUGAAUUUAAGGAUGGCCACAGUGUCUGCUGCAUCAACAACACCCAACAGCUGGAGCUCCUCGUCGGCACC